GGUUAUCAUUGUUUUUGAACCAUACACAUAUUUUAUUUCUUUCCACGUUAGUUUCUGAGCUUCAUCGAAAUUAAUUUUGACUUUCACUAAGUGAGGAGGGGAAGCAUGCGAGACUCUUCAGUUCACGGUCCACGGAAUGCAACUUCCGUCCACGGUCGACAACUUCCGACGGGAAGUUCUGAACACGUACGCAAGCAGGAACACGUAACUACUACAUUUUAGGAAUAUUGCAAGGUAAGCGGAAGUGCAAAUACCUCUCCAGUUAUUUGCUCAUUCAUUCACAAGGAACCUACGAAGACAGUCUUAAAGUUUUUAUAUUUGAAUUCAGAGCUGUGGCAACUAGAAUUUACAUUUCUGUUUGUAGUCAAGUAACUGCGAAAUUAUUUUAUACUGUCUUUCUUGAUCUACUGUCGUAAGUUAAGUUUCUAUUCAAUUGCGUUCAAGUUUUUGCGUGAGGCUGUGUAAGAAUCACGUAACCGGCAGUAGCGUUUUAUUUCUUGCCAGUAGAAAGCGUUGUCUUCGUUAGAUAAUUUUCAUUGCUAGAUGAUUCCAACCAAGUCAGUCUUUUCGUUAGUAUUUGCUGGCGCCGUUUUAGUUUUGUUAAGAGUUUCACUACCGAACCUGAUUACGCCACAAAUUGUAAGUUCGUCUCUAUUUCAUGUAGCUUUGUCAUUAUCCUUGUUGUUGUUUGUAUCAAUUGUUUAUUUUCAGUCGAAUCACAUUUACACAUCAACACAUCUUUACAUCUAAAUAUUUGUCUCUUUGGAAAUGAGAUUAAACGUGCAUUCAUGUUGUGGCGCAAAACAUCUAGUAUUUACCUAAAAGAGCAAAAAAGCUUCAUGAUAUUGUAUCAAAUGGCGACAUAUGUUUUUCUUUCUAAACAUGAAAUAAAGAAAUCCAAGGGACAUUAGUUAUUAUCAGACAGAAAUAAAAAAUCAAGCAGUGACAGUUUCGCAUGGAAGUCCAGCCAUUCAUCAAUUAAACUCCGAUUUCUAAAUUUUAUAUUAUAUUAUGUAAACUUUAGCUCCCAAAAGUUUGGACGGACUCCAAAUGAAAUUAUAAAAGAAAAAAAUUAAGGCUUCCAACUUACCUGAGACGCGGUUUGGAGCUUGUGUGAUGUGCGGCAGUGCUUAACAUGAAUGUCUGUAAAAAAAACCUUCCAAUGCCCUAAAAGUACUAUUAUUUUUAAUAACAACACUCCUUGCGCAUUGGGUGGUAAUGAUCGAAACAAAAACUUAGAUGACCCAAAUCAUGACGCUACACUUUAACGUUAUGACUGAUUUGGGUCAUGACAUCAUAGGUUUUGUUUAUUCUGAGAAUAAACGAACCCUGAUUCAAAUUUUCUGAAUUGAAAAAUUGCCAAAAUGGAUAUCAGUACUGAUUUCACACAAUCUAAGUUUUACAAGUUUUGGUCAAUUUAUUGUAAACGUUAAGAGUUACUCCUUAAUGGGCCUAGACAACAACAUAUUCCAAAUGAUAUCACGCCAGAAUAACAAUCAUUUAUUAUGAAAUUCUUGUAAAAUCGAAUUUUUACAGGAAGUUGCUCUAAAAAUUCAAAUUUUAAUAACAACACUCCUUGCGCAUUGGGUGCUAAUGAUCGAAACAAAAACUUAGAUGACCCAAAUCAUGACGCUAAACUUUAACGUUAUGACUGAUUUGGGUCAUGACGCCAUAGGUUUUGUUUAUUCUGAGAAUAAACGAAACCUGAUUCAAAUUUUUCCGAGUUGAAAAAUUGCCAAAAUGGAUAUUAGUACUAAUUUCACACAAUCUAAGUUUUACAAGUUUUGGUCAAUUUAUUGUAAACGUUAAGAGUUACUCCUUAAUGGGCCUAGACAACAACAUAUUCCAAAUGAUAUAACGCCAGAAUAACAAUCAUUUAUUAUGAAAUUCUUGUAAAAUCGAAUUUUUUCAGGAAGUUGCUCUAAAAAUUCAAAUUUUAAUAACAACACUCCUUGCACAUUGGGUGCUAAUGAUCGAAACAAAAACUUAGAUGACCCAAAUCAUGACGCUAAACUUUAACGUUAUGACUGAUUUGGGUCAUGACGCCAUAGGUUUUGUUUAUUCUGAGAAUAAACGAAACCUGAUUCAAAUUUUUCCGAGUUGAAAAAUUGCCAAAAUGGAUAUUAGUACUAAUUUCACACAAUCUAAGAUUUACAAGUUUUAGUCAAUUUAUUGUGAACGUUCAGAGUUGCUCCGUAAUGGGCCUAGGCAACAACAUAUUCCAAAUGAUAUAACGCCAGAAUAACAAUAAUGUAUUAUGAAAUUCUUGUAAAAUCGAAUUCAUUAGAUUAUCAGCUAUAUCCAUGAGGAAUAUAAACUAACUACAGUGGCCUUGUAACCGCAGAUAUGUUAUGGAGUUACUCGGGAAAAAGGAGAACAUUAAGUAAUGGCAAGGGCAUUGUGAAAAUGAUCGGAAAAAAAAAAUAUAUAUAUAUAAAUAUAUACAUUCAGCUGUAAACAUAAGCCAGUAAGGUCGCAAUGGUAGAGAAGCGAUUCACAGUCUUAAUCGGUUGUGCGACGUUAAUCCUCGUUUUCUUUUAUUUCAUUUCAUGCAAAUUGUUUAUUUUCAGUUUCUAACUGUCAAUAGCAACUAUAUUGAACAUCAGAAAUUAAUAAGGGUGGUCACCGCUUUCGGUUUGAGGCGCAGUACAAACAAGUAUGUUUUGCUGACUCAUUCAUCGUUGCAGAACUGUCUGAUGUGUCAUAAGUUCAACCAUGAGCUAAAAUGGUUUUCCUAAGCUGUUGUCACAGCGGAUGUGAAAGGAACAGCGCCGAAAGAGGGACUGAAAUCGCUUGAACGUAAUUUAGAUGUGGCGCUCACUCAGUAUUGGUUUCGCCGUGGAAUUACACAGCAGCAUAGCAAAUCAUGGGUGGUUUCAAAAUUAAAGGUUUGGCCAAACUUAUUAUAAGGCUCCGUCUACUAUAGGAUUACUUUUGACUCAAGUAAUAAUAGUACAUUAAAUGCGAAGACGGUAUUUUGUGCUGAUGGCUUCUCGCAACAUGGGACGAGACUUAAGAUUACGUGCAAUAUUCCAGGAUUUACUAUCCGCUCCACGAUAUCGAGACAGUUUCUAAGAUUGGAAAAGAUUAUUCAUAAUUGUCUUCUAUAAUUCUGAGAUUAGUUACUUCAUCUCAUUUUAAUUCCCCAGUCCUCAUAGCUCUCCUUAUCGUUGUUAUCCAUAAGGUUAAGCUCUGAACACAAAGGUAGCUACGCAAACUACUAAGUACCAAACAUUGAAAAUCUAACUUAUUCGAGGAACAGGGUAAUUUGGUAUUAUCAACUGAGUUGAUAACGUAAAUUGGCCACCGUAAAGAGUUUUGCGACAUAGAAAGGAAUGACAAGGACGCUGGACAACAGAAUCUCCCCAAUCAUUCUACGCAUAUGUAUCAUAUGGUAGCAAACGGUGGCCAAUUUACGUUUUCAACUAAGUUGAUAACACUAAAUUACCCUGUAAUACUCUCCUACUGACUCAGCGCCACAGUUUCUUAAGAAACUUACCCCCUUUAUUCAUUUAUCGUUUAAGAAAGUAGCAAUUGUCAUAGCCACACAUCUUUAGGUUGGUUGGAGUUUUCUAACAUUGUCGGAGUUAAACGGGAAGAUUGAUUUUUAAUAAGCUCGCAUAAAACCGUCUCAGUCUUGAACUUUUAUCCGCACUAUAUUUCUAAAAUUUUACAUUCGCUUUGGACUGUACCUAUACGGUAAUUUGAAAUCAAAAGUUUGUUCUCAAACCAAAAUCUUACGUCACGAACUUUAAUUACCACUUUCCACAUCCAUUUUUAAAGCGCAAAAUACAGGAUCUCAAAUUUUUCAUUUGCUUCUUGGAGCAAAGCGAAAUAAUAUCAUAUUACAAUGGAUAUUGGCCUUGCUUUUUUACCUUUAUUUAUAGAAACCCUUUCGCUCGCUCAGUGGCGUGUAUAUAUAUAUUUAUCACUGCAAACCUAAAGUUUACAAUCUCAGCAUGUUACAUGUGUUUUCCCAUCUGUGUUUGCUUACUGGCCUAUUCUCUUCUUAGCAUCUGCCACAGUCAGACCAGAAUCAAGAUGAAGGUUCCCAUGAAACGCUUCGUGAGUUUAGUCUCAGUACAAUACUUGCGGUAACACUACAAUGUCUGUUACUCUGGCAUGACAGAAGUGUAACAAAGUCACUUAAUUUAGAAAAUUGCCUAAGCUGUCAAAAGGUGAGACGCUUCAACCUCAAGAAAUUGAGCAGUAUUCCAACGACGUGGUGGCUCACCUCCCAAGAGAAAAUCGUGCACUAAUCGCAUCUCUAGAGGCAAAAGCUCCAGAGCUGUAUCAGCACAUGUGCCAGAACCUUUCCCACUGUGGGAAAGACUUUACGAAAGUUGGAAAGAGGAACAACAGAGACACUUGACACGAAUAUAGUAAGUUGGUGUUUCUUUUUAAACCAAUGAUUUACUUGAAUAUAUUAAAAACAGAAAAGCAGAAAUACUUGGCCAGAUAACUUUUAUUUCAUGAUGAUCUAAAAAGGAUAUAUCUCAACAGACGGUCUCCAUGGAUACCAAAUAGUCAAUACAAACACAAUACAAAAUCCUUGCUAUAAGAAAAAGAACCAUGCAGAUAAACUUGACUAACUGAUUCUGAUCUUGUAAUGUUUCUAGUUUAUUGUUCAUUCAAAUAUUUUUUUGCGCAAAGUGAAGCCUUUUUGUGCGGAAACACAUGGAUUGAUGCCGCAGUCAAUACAAGUUUGUGACAAGAAUGGCCUGCUUCAUGAACUGAAUCUGACUGAAAUUGAAAAGGUGAGCUAACCCGCACAAAAAUUGACAUGUAGAGUGUCAAGAAUAAAGUUAGUGAGGUGACUGCCAUGACUUAAUAGUCAAGAAAGUUCUAUCAAAAAAAUUAAUUACUUUUGACACAGUUUUCUGAAGGAGAAAAGUGUUCAACGUUGACUUCUUAAUUGAAUUCUUAGUACCCUUCCAGGUGUAAAGUUUACACAUUCCACCAGAAGAAUUUACCACUAAGAAAUCAAAAAAGACGUAUAUCAAGUGCUGAUUCAAUAUGACCACGAGACAGUAACGCAUCCAGCUUGGCAAAGUUUCGACCGUUUCCAGCUCGAAUUUUUUUUGGAAAUUUCCUACAUGUUUCCAGGUUUUUCUCUCAAAAGAAAGGAGGAUCUCAGGGAAAAGAACAAUUUUGUCAAGCCAAUGAUGAGUACGUCAUGUUUAAACAGUUUUCGCAAGUGUGGUGUUUUCCAUCAAAAUUAAGGCAUUCCUGGCAAAGUUUAGACCGUUUCCAGCUCGAAUCUUUUCUUAAACUUCCUACAUCUUUCCAGGUUCUUCUCUCAAAAUCAAGGAGGAUCCCAUGGAACAGAACAACUUUGUCAAGCCAAUGAUGGGUACGUCAUGUUUAAACAGUGUUCUCAAGUGUGCUGUUUUCUAGCAAAAAAUCAAGGCAUUUGAUUAUGGCACGGUUUGAUGCUACUCUGGUUUAAAGAUUUAAAGAAUGUAACCACUCAUUGACUCAUUAAAUCAGAGUAGCAUCAAACCAUGUCUGAUUGUGCAACUGGUUACCUUGUGAACUUUAAUACAUUUGAUUAUGGUUACACAUGCUUUCUUCAAGGUGUAUUGAGAAGAAGAAAAAAAAAUUAAUUUUGACAAAAACAAAGCCAUGCUCAGUCAAGUGGUUAUUGUCUAUUUAUGAAUUAUUCAAGAUCUCUAUUAUAAAGCCGAGAAUCAGUUGACUCAACGUUUUUCUAUUUUAGAAAUGUAACGUUGACCUGUAAUAAGAAAGAAAUGAAAUUAUUUGUGUGUUAAUGAUCAACACUUUUCUAAUACCCAAAUCAGCUAAGAUCUGAUCCUCCCAUGCACUUCCGAUUAAAAAAACCAAAGGAAAUUUAGAUGGCAUGUCAAGAGAUCGUCCUCUAGGUGAUGAUUCCAUUACCAUCUUACUCUACCUGAAUAUUUAAUUGAUAAAGGAGGAAGAUUUGCAUGUUUAUUAUUUCCGGGUGGUAAGUGUUUAAAUGAAAAGUUCUGCGCACACAGGAAAUAUAAACUGUUUUGGUUCUUUUCUCUACAGUUUUUUCCUUUUAUCUGAAUGCCUUUAUUUUGCCUUCGUCACAGAUCAGGGCGUCGGUAACACUACAAUGACUUCGUUACUCUUGCAUGACAGAACUGUAACAAAGUUCAUAAUUCUACCUAGUUAAAUUUAAAAAACUGCCUGAACUGUCACAAUUGCUGAAAGACUUACAUGAGAAAAACAAGAAGACGAACAAAGGAAAAAAACAAAAAGUAUACAAGAAAAAGAAAGAAAUGCAAAGAAAACAAACAAACAAACAAAACGAAACCAAUCCAAGAAAAGCGUUGGGUAGCCUUCUGAAGGCGGGUAAACAGUAUUUAUAAUAGGACUAUUACUUUUCUCUGGCUUCAACCGUUAUUUUCGCGUCGAAGUACUGAGCAUGCGCUUGCCGAAAAUACGUUCGCCUUUCAGGUUCAGUCAGUCGUGCACAUAGAUGGGAACAAUCGGGGAAGUACAGCGGAUUUCAUUUGUUCUCAUUGUAUUGAUUACCUAUAUCUUUAUGACUCACCACCAGAUCCCUGCCCUGGUAACUGGUCACACUACAGUGGAUUCUGUUACCACGUGAGCAAUAUCCCAUGCAAUCAGAGACAGGCAAGGUCCUUUUGUCAUUCUCUGCAUGGAGAUCUAGUGAAGGUAACUAGCGCUGAGGAAAACGAGUUCGUCUUGUACCUGGCAAGGAAGUUCGCACGGAAUGGUAAACCUGCGUGGAUUGGUCUGUAUUAUCAUGCACCCUCCCGUGCGUAUUGUUGGACUGACAAUUCGGUACCGACAUACACUAACUGGGCUCCAAAAGAACCCAGUGGGUAUUCUAAAGAACCGUGCGCAGCGAUGUACACUGGGUUAUCGCAUCUCCCCACGUGGGCAACUGGAUACUGGAACGAUAUUCUGUGCACAGUCAAAUAUAACACCGUCUGUAAGAGGUUGGCCUAGUUGCAAUGAUAAAUAAGUCAACAUACAUUCAAUAAUCUUUUCGUUGGGUGCUGGUAAAUUAGUGCAAUACAAAGUGUUGUUGCAAAACUAUGGCGUUUAAAUCAUAAUCCCGAGCCAAGUAGGUAGUGCUUAGUGUGAAUUUUCAUGAUAACCGGAGAACGUCUUGUAUAAUAGCUUAAAAUAAUACUUCGAAAAGGUGUUUAAAUAUUUGUUUUGCUUUUGACAAUGACACUUAAACCCUUCAUCUUCGACUAUGCACUUCUAGUAAUGCACUGCAAGAGAAUAUCAAUAUUAUCUUAUGCACUGUAGGUUGCAUUCCCUUAAUUUCUUUUAAAUGUACCUUUACUUUCGUUUAGUUUAUCGUAAAAGGUACACGUGCGAGCGUAGCUGAACUUUUAGAUGUUAUAAACUGACUGAGUUCCCCUGAGUGCCCUGAUUAACCAAAAACCCUUUCAUUUAUUGCACCGUUAACCCUUUAACUCCCAGAACAAAUUUGUAAUUCUCCUUACUGUAAACCAUACAAUUCUUAUAAUGUUAGUUGUGAGAAUUUGGUAUUGGAUCAAUUAAUUACCUCCAAAAUGAUAGUUU